AUGCUUGUUACCAGGCACACCCCUACGGAGCAGAGUUCUUGGUCCGUAAACAAGUUCGAAACCGCCUUUCGCAAGUCUGCGGAGAGAUUACGCAUGUCGAACAACUUCGACACGGUGACGCAGUCGGACUGGCAGGGCCAGUACUCGUUUCUCCCACCAGGCGACAACACCAUCUUUUCGCAGCCAUACGAACAUGUAGCAGGUUCGGCUGAGAACGCGGAGUCGCAGGCGCAGCCACGGACAGUGGUUGCGCCGAGCGAGGGGCCCAAGUCGGAGGACUCACCCCUGGACCAUCGUCUCGACCCUCUCGGUCUACGGCAGCCAAAGCAGCCGUCCCCGAUCCCAGAGCAACCGGAGAAUCAAGGAGAGCAAUACCCACCCAAGGCGUCCGAGUUAGCACACGAAGAGUCAUCGACCUCGACUGAGACCCGGGGCAUGUCCCUAGGGUCGAAUCCUCUGAGCUCGGUAUCCUCGGCGGGACAAGGUUCCGAAACGGCACCGAGCCACUCAGGUAACGAGGGGCAAGCCGUCAUCAAAGAGGAGGAUGAGGAGGUGGUGGAGGACGAAGACAUGAUUGAAGGCGAGGUAGACGGAGACGCACAAGCCCAGCCACAGACAGCCGCGGAGAGGACCGCGCAGCGACGAAAGAUGAAGCGCUUCAGGCUCACUCACCAGCAAACGAGAUUCCUGAUGAGCGAAUUCGCAAAGCAACCGCACCCCGACGCCGCUCACCGUGAACGACUCUCGCGAGAGAUCCCUGGGCUGAGCCCACGGCAAGUGCAAGUGUGGUUCCAGAACCGCCGCGCCAAAAUCAAGCGCCUAACAGCGGACGACCGCGAGCGGAUGAUGAAGAUGAGGGCGGUCCCGGAGGACUUCGACAGCCUGAGUGCACUCCACUCCCCGUAUGGCGCAGUUCACGGCUUGGGAACACCCAUCACCUCGCCGGUUGACCUCGGCGGUUCAUCGUAUGCGGACCACAUGAUGCGACCUCUCAUGGUGGAUGUAAGGCGGCACGAGGGUGACGAGCAUCUGUCGCCCACCGGCCUCAGCCCGGCGUUCGGAAGCAUAGGCUUCAACCCAUCAACUGGACUCAGCACCCCAGACAUCCUCUCACCCAUUUCGCCCACCUCUACCGACCGGUACGGCUACCCGAACCAUCUUUCGAACCCGCCAUUGAGCGCUGGACCGAGGACAUCGAACCCAUUCGCGCGGCAGUCGAGCCUCGACUCCGGGAUGCAAAUGCAUAACCAUCACUCCAGGCAACAGGUUCGCCCGCUGCAGCCGCUUCAACUCCGCGAGACCAUGACCAGAUCACGCUCGGAUAGCCUCCAAUCGCCGCUACGUUCGAGCAUGUCAUGGAAGGGCGACGCGAUCGACUACACCACCUACCACGGCGGGAACUCGUCCCCUCAUAUCGGAGGCCGGCAACAUGGUCUCUACCAUCAGGAUCAAGUGAGCGGGAGCUCUGCCGGCGGUAUGGGCGGCUACGACUCUGGCAACUAUUCCGCAGGCUCUACCGUCCAAUCACCAACACAUUACUCUGGCUUCCAGCCUUCCAGCCUACAGGCCAACCAACAGCGCAACUCCCGACUCAGGGCCGCGUCCGCCUCCCUUCCCUUGGGCCUGGACCUGCGAACACAAUUCCGAUCCGCCAUCGGAUCCGGCGGCAUGCAUAACUCGGCCCACUCCCCCGGACCCCGGACCGCGUCGACACCCCAGCUCGGCGGCGUCUCGUCCAGCUACACGGGAAGCUUCCCGUCAGCGCCCCUCGCAGCGCCCGUCGACUUCUCUCUGCCCAGGUCAUCGGGCUACCGGACAUCGACCAGCGACUACUCGAUACCCCAAAUGAGCGCGCCGAUCGCGCCGCCCAACGAUUUCUCGCAGGCCUUCCAGGCCAGCAUGUCGAACUCGAGCUCGCGGACGCCGAUGCGGGAUUCCUUCGGGGGCGGCCCGUUAGGGUUGGGCCAGGGCCAGGGCUCCGGGGACCGCGGCGACGAGUACUCGGACCCGCUGGGCAUGAAGCGCAAGCGCAGCUUCACGGGACCGGCUUCCGCCACCACGACCGGGCCCGGCGCCUACGGCAGCACGGCAUAA